AUGCACACUCAAACCACAAGCACACCCAAUCGACAAUCACCGCUGGGCUUUCCCGGCAACACAUUCGAACGACCCUUUGUCGUCAAUGGCCCGCCGGGCUUUCCCGCCAACACAUUUGAACGACCCUUUGUCAUCGACGGGCCGCCAGGCUUCCCCGGCAACACAUUAAAGCGACCCUUCGUUAUCGACGGGCCGCCAGGCUUCCCCGGCAACACAUUAGAGCAACCGUAUGUUAUCGACCAAAUCCAUAUCUACUGUACGGACGCUGCCUUUCCCAGCAGCCCGGCCGAAGUCAAAGUCGGGGAGGUCAAUGCUCCGCAGAACGACUUGGGGCACCAAAAUGUUUCCCAGCCGCAAAUCCAACACAGCCGAAACGACUUUGUGGUCUAUCAUCGAAUGACUAGCUUGCCCGCAAAUUCCAUACACGUUCAAGUUUAUCAUGAGCCAUCUGAGUCUAACAACACCAAAAAAGAAGAAAGUACCGCUCCAUCUGCGCAAAAUUUGUAA